ACUAGUGGAGUGGGCUAGUUCCGUUAAGCUCAAAGACUAAGAAUAGCCCAGGUCCAGCCUAGGUAAGUGCGACAUGCUCAUCAUUGGAAGACUGAAGGUGGCAAACUCUUUGUGCACCAAGAUCCAUGGACUCUAACAGUGCUGAUCUAUUUAGGACAUCCCUAAUGGCUUUAAUUUUUAAAAAUUGGAAAGCAGACACCUCCCCAAUCAGAUUUUGUUCAUCUGCCCUUCUUGGCCUCCUCCUCUCCUUUCCCUCAAAAUGACAUCAGGGUAAAAAGAAGUCCUUUAAUCUAUGAAGGAAUAGUGUCAUGAGAGUGUGCGCUCAUCAGGAAAGUUGAAUGACUACUCUGGAGGAGCAAGGAGUGUGGUAUUCAGUGGCUCUAGAUAAUAUAAUUGAGGAUCCUGAACUAAAAGAUUCCAUUCUUAUUCAAAAAAGUAUCAUGGCUGAACCUGACUACAUAGAAGAUGACAAUCCUGAAUUAAUCAAGCCUCAAAAAUUAAUCAAUCCUGUCAAAAUUUCCCGGAAUCAUCAAGAUCUUCACAGAGAACUUCUGAUGAAUCAGAAAAGGGGUCUUGCACCUCAGAAUAAACCAGAGCUCCAGAGAGUGAUGGAGAAGAGAAAGCGAGACCAAGUGAUAAAGCAACAGAAGGAAGAGGAAGCCCAAAAAAAGAAAUCUGAUUUGGAGAUAGAACUACUGAAACGGCAGCAAAAAUUAGAGCAGCUUGAGCUUGAGAAACAGAAGAUUCAAGAGGAGCAGGAAAAUGCCCCAGAAUUUGUGAAGGUGAAGGGAAACCUGAGAAGAACAGGCCAAGAAGUGGCAGAAGUCCAGGACUCUUAGGCAUACACUGUGCAAAAACUUGGAUUCUAGCCCCAGGCUGCAGAGAGAACGUUCCUGUAGGAUCAUCUCCAGUGCUGCUUCCUCUUGAGCCAAUAGUAGCAUGGAGAGACAUUUGUUUUUUGAGAAAAUGCCAGCCAGCAGAAGUUUUCAUUUUUAAAAGGGGUUAUGUUGUUUAUCAUUUUCUCUUUGAAUCUGGGGGGAUGUUGACUGAUAGCUGCAGUUCAGAUUCGCCAAAUGAAAUAUGUUGACCAGCAGAUAAGCAGCUGAUUGUUGGUAUAACAGACUUGUCUUCAGAGACUCAAAGGAAAGGAUGAGGACACUGGAGUUUGUUAAAUGUUGCACUACUUGGUUUCUUCCAACCUAACUGUAGUGGGGACAAAGUAUUUUUAUUUUUUCUUCCUUGAAAAAAUAUUAUUUUUCUAACUCUUAGUUAUCGUUUAAAGAAUUUAGCUUACGCAGGAAUGUGCUUAAUCUGUUACUUUUCAUAACUGUGAUCCUGGUUUGGAAGGCCUAAAAAUCUUAACGUGGAUUAAAUCUUAAACAACAUGUGAGUGUGAAAAAAAGUAUUCAUUUGUACUGAAUGGUUAGCCAUGAUUGUAUCUCAUUGACCUGAGAUUUACCAAAUUUGGAAGCAGUGAGGAAGUUUUACCAUCUGAACUCUGAACCAAUUUUAGGAAAACCAAAUUCUGCAAUACCUUUGAUUAUGUAACUUUUUUCUUUUUUCCAGUCAUUUCUGUUCUGAAGCAGCAAUUAACAUUCCAACUCAAAGAAGGGUAUUUGACAUAUUCUCUGAUAGUUUGAUAGCGUAGUUUGUCCCUCAGCAUUUUCUUUUCUUGUUCUUUCCAGCUCAUUUGUUUAGGCAAAAUGUUGGGAGUCUGUAGACCCAAGUUCAGUGUUACAAGUAGAGGUCAUGAUUCUUUAAUGACUUUGGUCUUCUUUUCGCCACAUGGGGAGAAUCCCAAGUGGGAGCUCUGUAGCAAGAUAUUAUUUUAGCUUAAUAUGUGAUUCAAGUGUGAACCGGUCUCAAGGAGACUUACCUUAGAAGAUUUUCUUGCAUUUGUACAUUUUGAAUGUUGUUAGAACUGAAGCUUUGAAAAUUUCUGAUUAAUGAUCACAUAUGCCUUUACUCCUUUUUUUCCUGUAAAGGCAGCAUAUUACCACUGUCUCAUUGAUAAUGACUACUAAAUUCCCUCUCUCAGGAAAAGCCAAGGUUAAGGGAGAGACUGCUAAGAUUCCCUUUGCUAUCCAGAACACUGUUGUGAAGCAAAAUCCCAAUCAUAAACUACAGCUAAAUUUUAUGCAAAUGUAUUUUCUAUCCCUGGCCUUGUGCAGGAGUGCCUCCCACUGGGGAUGGAAUUGGGGAAAAUGUAGCUUUGGUAUUGUUCUCUGUCUAGGAGAGAGAGCCAGUGACUUCUCUGGGCAAGAUGCUUUUCUUGCCCGACUUCAACCUUGCAGCCAUUUGAACGCCUUGAAAACUAUAAUGAAAAUUAGCAUCAUUGAGGAAUAUUCUGUAGGACAGGAUUUGAAAUCCUCAAGUGAGCAGCAUAGCACAAAUCCAUAAAGUUACAAUAUGCAGAUAGAGGAUGAAAUUAUAUAUAGGAAAUUCUCUUUGAAAUAGAUUAUCCAGUUCAUCAGUGAGGAUUAUUGAUACAGAAUACAAAUGUCAUUAUUAGGCAGAAAUGUUCUUUUCUCCUGUUAGUUUUGUCUUUGUAAAAUGAAAUGGCGAUAGCUGAGAUUUUCCUCCUAUUUCUCUCCUGCUUUUGAGAAGAGGAAGAGGCGACGACGGAUCAGCUCAAGAGCACAUUUCCAUGUCAUAUUGAUUCGGGUUUCUUCCUUUUGUGUGUGGGGUUGUUAAUGGAGCGAUUUAUAACACAAGCAUUUAGGACAAGUCCACAGCUGGAUCUUAGAUCUUUAGAUCUCUACACCUGUGGUAAAUGUCCCAUUUGACACCUUUCCCGAGCUGGUCAGAUUGAAGAGACAUUCAUCUGCUUUGCCUCCUCAGCAUAGUCCUUUAAAAGGCUUAUGUUAUGCUUCAUUUUCUUUACUCUAUUGAAGCUUAUUCUCCCAUAGUGGUGGGGAGGAGCAACAGUGGAUUGGUGUUUUCCUCCCCCAGUUGACUAGCAGGUAUGCUGAGGUAUGCUGAAUGGUUUUCAGCCUAAUAGACAAAAAUGCCUCAAAACAGCCCUGUAAAUAGAGUGUGAAAGUGAGGUUUGUUGUUACAAAACAAGUAGAAUGCAUAGUUAAGAGUUCAUCCUAGAAUCCUGAUAGGCCCAGCCUAGAAGUCGGAGUUAAAACAUGGCAAGCAAAAUUUCCCUUCAAAUCAAAAUGCUGUACAACUCAGUUAGAAUUUGUAGAAGUAUUCUGAGCAGUUCUGUUUAUUGAGCCAUUUUCUGAUUUUGCAAUAGUCCAGCAACUUAUGUUAACUGCUUUUCUGUCCUCUUAAAAUAUUUGAAAGUUUUGUUGUCUCCCACUUUGAUAGCAUGGUAACAAAUUCGUGUUGCUUUCUAAGCUACACUAUAACUUUAUUCUUCUAUUCUGAAAAAUCUUGACUGGUUUGAGUGUAUAUAAUAUAUAUAAAGGGAGCCUUAACGGGUUUGUUUUCAUAAUUUAAUAUUUUUUGUAUUUGCUCUUGUAUAAUUGUUUUUAACUGAAAGUAUUACAGAAAUGAGGGUGGAAUACUUAGAACCAAAGUUAUGCUUAAUAAAAAUCUACUACGUGCUUGAACUAUA